AUGGAUCAAGGCAAUCAAACAAGUAUUGACCUUGCGAACAGGUUAUCUGCCUUGUUUGAUGCUGCACGAAAUGAAGAGCUUACCUCGGAGUUGGGACUUCUUCCCACCCAGCCACGUGAAGUCCUCAGCCGGGUUUUAUCGACUUCCGUUACUUCUACACCUUCCUCAUCCGCAUUACUCAACACCUCACAGCAGACAGCAUCUGUUGGCUUUCGCAGCAUUGGAUUUGGCCAAUGUGGAAUGGUCUUCGAAUGGCCCGGGCAUACUUAUGCAAUCAAAAUCGCCCGCCCAUCAUUCGAAGAUGCUCUUUGGGCAGAUUUUCAAGCCCACCUCGCGGUGUACCAGGCGUUUACAAACCAUCAGUCCAAGUCCGUCGAAGUACGUAUUCCCCUAAUUUUCUCAUACGUCUCGAAAACCAACGAUGAAUGGUGGGAUUCCCAUGUGGACCUUUUCCAUGGAUCACACCUCUCUUUUCCUCUACCUGCGAUGGCCUUGAUCACCGAACGGAUACUUCCACUGCCCAAGCUGGCUCGACAAGCCCUCAUCGAUGCGUACUGUCCCGCGUCGUCGCAACUCGGUGUCAAGUCUCACCACACUAACCGCGAUUGUCUUGCCCGUAUUUACCUCGGCCGUCGGCGUGGUGCGAACGACCCACCACCACGCAACUUCACAUUGAGAAACUUCAACUUAUGUCUUGAUCAGAUGAUCGAGCUGAAUCUACCAAUCCUGCAUUAUGCCAGAGCUAUUGGACAGGCUUUAGCAAUCAUGCAUUGGUCAGCGAACGUUGAUGGCUACGAUGUUGAAUUCGUGCUAGGCAGCGAAGGAGAGACAACAUACUCCCAAGAUAUUUGUCGUUCUUUAGGACUCAGCACAGAAAAGGUCAAGAAUAUGCCACCUCACACGGACCUGGAUACCAUGAUACGUGCCAAAUUCCAACGCCGAACUACCCGUAUCUGGGUUCUUGAUUUUAAUUUGUGCAGCAUAUGGGAAGAACGAAUGGGACUUGAGAGAUCAGAUGACUUGAUAGCUCAUCUUGUGGGGGCAUUUUUCGAAAACGAUCCAUAUUACCCUCGCCCAUCAAUAGACCUUAAACCUGAAAAGGCUCUCUGGUCUGCAUUCAGCGAAUCAUACCGUGAUACAGCAGCGAGUCUACUGUCAUCCCCAGGAAAGGACCCGCAACUCGCGUCACUUCCACAGAAGUUCCUUGAUGCUUGUGUGUUACGACAAACGGAAUAUUCACAUUAG